AUGUUUGUCUUGCACUCAUUGUUUGAUUCGUGCUGUCUGCUAACAACUGCCUCCUCUCCGAGUCACAUUUCAAGGCUAUAUUUCAAGGUCAUAUUUCAAGGCCAUGUUUCAAGGUUACAUUUCAAGGUCACAUUUCGAGGUUAAAUAUGCGUUCAAGGUUGGCUCCCAAGGUCGACUCUCAAGGGCGUUCUAGAACAGACAAACCCUACCUACUUUGAUGAAUAUAGCAAUCAAGUCAGAAGAUUCAAUGAAAAGGCCAACCAUUCCUCACAGCGAAGGCGUCGCGAAAAAUAGCACACUAGACGUAGCACGUGUAAAUAUAAGAUCACUUAUUCCAAGCUUUGAUAUGUUUUUAGGCAUUAGAGCAGAACCUCCAUACUACAGCAAUAACAGAGAUUUGGUUUACACCUGAUUUUGACAGACAAGAAAGAGGAGGUGGCGCAUGUUUUUAUAUCCAUACCAACAUAAAAUUUAAAGUCAUAGAUUGUAACAAAAUUUUUUCGGAUGGCAUUAGAUCUGCGGUUAUCGCUAAAACUAAAUAAUGAAAUCAGUGCGGUAGGUGUUAUUUGACAUCUCCUGCAUUAAGUUUACUUCCUCGCCUUGAGAAUAACCAUCCUUUCAUAUGCAUUACCCAUGAUGAAGUUAUAUUGACCUCACCGAUAAGUUUUCGAAUCCCAGUAAGAAAAAUCUUACAAUCCAUGGCAUUAUUCAAUCUCGUUCAAGUUACUGGUGAACCUACAAGAAUCACCAAGAAUCAGCAAUAACAGAGAUUUGGUUUACACCUGAUUUUGACAGACAAGAAAGAGGAGGUGGAGCAUGUUUUUAUAUCCAUACCAACAUAAAAUUUAAAUUCAUAGAUUGUAACAAAAUUUCUUCGGAUGGCAUUAGGAUCUGCGGUUAUCGCUAAAACUAAAUAAUGAAAUCAGUGCGGUAGGUGUUAUUUGACAUCUCCUGCAUUAAGUUUACUUCCUCGCCUUGAGAAUAACCAUCCUUCCAUAUGCAUUACCCAUGAUGAAGCUAUAUUGACCUCACCGAUAAGUUUUCGAAUCCCAGUAAGAAAAAUCUUAAAAUCCAUGGCAUUAUUCAAUCUCGUUCAAGUUACUGGUGAACCUACAAGAAUCACCAAGAAUUCAGCUACUAUGACUGAUGUAAUUUUUGUAUCAAAUGCAUUGGAUGUACACAAGAGUGGUACUAUAGGUAUGGGAAAAUAACUGAUCAUAGAUUAUACUUCUGUGAAUUGAAGAUCGAAAUUCCAGAAUGCACUCCUAGCAAAUUUUAUUGUUGUGACUUUUCACACUUCAAUUAUGAUGAAUUUGCUGAGGAUGCAACAGUCCUCCAUCUUACUGAGAACAGUAUCUUGCUGUAUGACAUACGUGCUCCAAUGGAAAUAACUACACCUCGUGAAUUCUACAGGCCGUUCGUUAUCUAUAUAAUGAAAUGUAUAAUAUGACGGAUUUGAUGAAGGGCUUGUUGAAAAUUUCAUAUUUCUUACGACCUGCAGAAGGAAGCAUACAAAACCGUUUACCCGUGCCAUCGGAACUACCUUCAAAUUAUCAGACUCUAUACGCAAAGCCUUUCAAGAAAACGCAAGUUUCAAGAGGCAGCUGUCGUCUACAUGAAUGCUGGACUACAUAA